AUGUCUUUAGACUACCCAAAAGGAAUCUCGACGGAUUUCGACAACUCAACCCAAGACGACUGGACACCGAAUCUGCUCAGCCCUCAACUUGCUGCAGUGUACACACUCAUCGCCUGCUUGGCUGUGCUUGGUAACGGCAUGGUCAUCACCGUUAUGCUGCUCAGACGACGAGUGUUCAGCUCCUUCACGAAUCGUCUCAUCCUGCAUCAGUCAGUCAUCGACUGUGUUGCUGGCGUUGUGUUUUUCUUGUGGCGGGUAGUUUUACAGGUCAUCGAAAAACCAAUGUCCUUCGAGAGUAACAUUUAUGCGCAGUUAAUGUGUCGGUUCAUUAACUUUGAUUUGUUCGUGUGGUGCAUGAACGUGACAUCCACAUACAACCUCGUCAUCAUAUCGCUGGAGCGGUUUAUGGCGACUUGCCACCCGGUGAAGCAUCGCAAUACUUGUUCCUCAGUCAAGCUCAAGUAUGCCAUUGGAACUGCCUGGGCUAUUGGCUGCAUAUACAGUUCUCAUUUUGCAUUUCUGUUUGAAAUUAAUGAAGGAUAUUGUCAACUUACGGAAUUGGAGACUGGCUUGAGGGUUUUCCAGUUUUCAGCUGAGUUUACUAUUGAAUACUUGGUUCCCAUAACGAUCUUGGUUUGUACAUACGGCCGGAUAAUCUUCACGCUUACCAAGAAGUCUGCUAAUCCAAUGAUUGGUGCUCGUAAUACUACAAAUAAAGCCAAGAAAAACGUUCUGGUAACGACGAUUCUCAUAGGAUUAAUGUUUGUGUUGUGCUGGACACCAAUAGAAUUGUUGUUCCUGUAUAGUCAACUUACAGGAGAUUGGAACACUUCGUUGUAUGAUCCCUUUACUAGCCUAGUGGCCUGCAACAUGCUCGUCAAUCCGGUCAUUUACUGCUUCAAGUACGAGAAAUUUCGCUCAGAGCUGAGAAAACUAGUACUCAAGCGGUGUCGAAGAAAUCGAGUGGAGGAUGGGAACACCAUUUCAAUGUCAGCUGCUUCCUCAAGAAUGAACGCAAAUCGAAUGCAUGUUGGUGAAUCAUCUUAA